AAGUAAAAAAAAAAUGAAAAAUAAUCGAAAAACCCUUUAAUAUUUUUUUUUUCAAUUACAAAAAAAUAGCAUCUACAUAAAAGUUCUUUUUGUAUCUGGUGAACUAGGACCUCUAAAUAUAUUUGUCCUGGUUUUCUGUUACGUUAAUAAAAGACUAGGGGAAUGCAUCACAGCACCACUUUACAAGCGCACACGAGUAAUGAACCCAGUGAUACUUUAAAUCUUUUGAGUGUGAAUAUGUGUGAGUUGAAAGAAAAUGCAAAUGGAUCAAACAAUAGUAUUUUACAUCCUCCGAGUAAGGAAAGUUCUGUUUCGACGUCAACGUCCACGCCAGUAACGGUAUCUUUUGAAAAUGGUCCCAAUGAAGCUUGUCUUGAAACUAAGGGCGAUUUGAAAGAUCAACAUGUUGAUACACUUAUGGAACCAGUUGUGGAUCCAUCCACGAAAGAAGCAAAAAGUGCACCAAAAGGCACUGAAGACACGACCGUCACACUAGACAAUAAUGCCGGUGCAGUAACCCAGGAAGCAACUGAUACCAUUGUACCUAACCGUACUCUUUAUAUCAAUAAUCUUAACUCUAAGAUACCAUUACCUCAAUUGAAAAAAGAUUUACAAGGUAUUUUUAGUAAUUUUGGUGCUGUACGACAAAUAGUCGCAAUGAGCUCUUUUUGGAGAAGAGGUCAAGCGUGGGUGGUUUUCGCUGAACAAGAAUCGGCUAAUAAAGCACUGCUUCAGUUACAGGGAUUCCCUUAUGCUAAUAAAGAAAUGCGUAUACAAUACGCUCGAGAAUUAUCGGACAUUUUCACAAAAGAAGCUGGUACUUUUAUUCAAAGACCUCCUGGUCCUAAAAAACCUCGCGCUAUCAUUGAAAGAGAAAAAAAAUUACAAAAUCAGUUACAGCAUUUUCAAAAAAUGGUGAUACAACAUAUGCAUCAACAAAAUGUUGGGGGAGAUACUCCCAAUUUAACACAACCACUGCAAGCUGCUUCCGCUAUUGCUGCGCAAGUCCAACAAGUCAUGCAGCAACCUUCACUUCUUGCCAUGUUUCCUAACGCCAUACCAUCUCAAUACAAUGCUACCAAUCAACAGAAACAGCAAAUGCCUCAAGGUCAUCUUCAUGAGCCUUUUUCUCAAAUGCAUACCAUGCGUCCAUACCAUUCGUCUUCAACAUUACCAAAUACAAUGCCUGGUCAUUUUCAAUCCAUGACAGUAGGGCGUACGAAUACUCCUAUUUUCAAUGCUUCUGGAGGGCCCCAUUCAGGCCGGAAAGAUAAUGUCAUGGGAGGACCUAAACAACAACAGCAAUUGUUACUCCAGCAACAAUUAAUGUUACAGCAACAACAACAACAACCACAACAACAACAACAAACGUAUAUGAUGAAUCCAGCAAGAAUGAUGGGAUGCAACCCUAACACCACAGGAGGCUUACCGCAUGACAUGAAAUCCGUUGGUCCACCUCUAACACCCAUGUCAAAGGAUGCUGUUGUUGCUGCAGCUACUGCCGCUGCUGCUGCUAUAAGUGCAGCUAAAAAACGUGCUACGGAAACAACUUUUGGACGACAAAAUGGAGCAACUUUUGCAUCUUCGGACACAAAACCGAUGGGCUUUACUUUAACUCCUACAACAAAUUCGAUUGUGAAUGCACCAACAUUAUAUAAACCUAACGGUAGCACGACUGCGGCGCCUCAUAUUGAACCAACUCUUCCUAAUAAAACAUUAUGUGUUGAAAAUCUUCCAGAUGAUUGUAAUAUACAAACAUUAGAAAUUGUUUUCAAACAAUAUCCAGGCUGCGGUGAUAUUCGGACUUCAAGUACGCGCGGUGUAGCCUUUAUUGAUUAUGAAACUGUGAGUCAAGCAACGGUGGCUAUGACAUGUUUGAAUAAUUUUCCCAUUAAGGAAAAUCAUUUUAUUAAAGUGUCGUAUAUGCGAUAGUAAAAGAAAUGGUUGAAAAGCAAAAAUGCUCUUGUUACACAGCAUAAUACCUUUAAAUGUUCUUUUUGUUUGUUUCCACAAAUGCCACACACUUUUUGUUUUGAUUUUUUUUAAAUGAGCAUUUGCAUAUAUUAAAUGAGUCCACGCGACGUAACAUUCUAAAGCACUGCACUACUUUUUCAUGAA